CGUUGCUGUUCAGUCCUGUGACUCCGUACUUGCAUCUUUGAGCCUUAAUAAGUGUUUGUGGUCUUGCAUGUAAAAGAUCACGUCUCUGGAAUUUACAAAACUCUGGAGAUUCAGCGAGUCCAAGAUGUCUUCACACUUUGCCUGGUUGUCAGACGAUCAUUUCCAGUGUGCCCUCUGCGUGAACAUCUUCAACGACCCCGUCACUACACCUUGUGGUCACAACUUCUGCAAGACCUGCCUCAGCGAGCACUGGGACGGCAGCGAGUUAUGCGACUGCCCAACUUGUAAUAAGAGAUUCUACGUGAGGCCUGAGGUCUCCACAAACCCAGUGAUCCAGGAGAUUUCCGUCCAGAUAAAGAGGAGAAAAGUGGAGACGACCGAAAGCACCGAUGAGCUAUUUCACAUCAGGUGUGACGUGUGCACAGAAUUCAAGUUCAAGGCCCACAAGUCGUGUCUGGUGUGUCUGACGUCAUACUGUGAAAUCCACCUGGAGCCUCACCUGAGAGUUCCCUCCCUGAUGAGACACAAGCUGAUCGAGCCGGUGGAGAAGCUGGAGGAGAGGAUGUGCGAGAAGCACGAGAGGAUCCUGGAGCUCUUCUGCCCGAACGAGAAGGUGUGCAUCUGUGUGCUGUGCAGCGAGACAGACCACAAAGAGCACGAGACUGUGCCGGUGGAAGAAGAAGGAGCUCGGCAGAAAGAGAAUAUUGAGUCCAAAAAAGCGGAAAUAAAAAUGAUGAUUCAGGAAAGAUGCGAAAAGACAAAGGAAUUCAUAGAAUCCUCUGAGAUGAGCAGAGAGAAAGCACACGUAGAGACGGACUGCAGCGAUCAGCUCUUCAAUGCUCUGAUCAGUCAAGUGCAAACCAUACAAACGAAAAUAAAAUCAAGCAUAGAAACAAAGCUCAGAAAAUCACAGGUGAAAGACAAAGCAGUGAUCCAAGAGCUGCAGGUGGAAAUCACAGAGCUGCAGAGGAGGCACUCGGAGCUGGAGGAGCUUUCAAAAAAUGACGACCCCCUCAAGCUCCUGCAGACUUUGCAGGCCCUGAGCAACGUGUCGGACAACAAGCGCUGGUCAAACGUGAGGGUUUACUCGGACCUGUAUGUGCAGACCCUGAGGAGAGCCGUGUCUCAUCUCGUGAGCACUUUUCAAGCGGAACUGAAAACUCAGACAAACACAGAACUGACCAGAAUGAGACAGUAUAAAGAGUCCGUCGCCUUCGACAAAGAAACUGCCGGUUGCGGCCUCGUGGUGACCGAGUACGGGAAACGUCUGAAGUUCUCAAAAAAUGCAAGCCCCACGUUGUCCGACGGCCCAGACAGGUUCGACCGUCCCGCGGUGUUGGGGAAGAAGGGCUUCACCUCCGGGCGGCACUACUGGGAAGUCCAAGUGGGCCAUCGAAACGACUGGGAUGUUGGGGUUGCCAAGGAAACGGUAAACAAAACAGCGAGGGUCACUCUGAAAACAGACAAUGGAUUCUUCUCCAUCGGAAAGAGGGGCCUGGAUUAUCAGGUUCACUGUUCCCCCGCCACAGCUCUCCACCUGAGUCCCCGUCCGAGAAGAGUGGGAGUUUAUCUGGACUACGAGGAGGGAAGAGUCUCUUUCUAUGAUGUAAUUGAGAAGCUGCACAUUCACUCUUUCACGAGACAGAGCUUCACACAGACACUGUUCCCGUACUUCUAUCUUUACAGCUGGGCCAAGAAAUCCGAGCCCUUGGUCAUAACUGGCAUGGAAGAUCAGUCGUUCUUCAGGUCUUAG